GUUAAAGGCAUUGACGACGAAAAAAAAGCCUUCUUCGAUCUACACUUCUCUUCUCUUCUCUUGUCUCUCUCUCCCAUCUAACCUCUCGCAGACAAGGUUGGUAAUGGCAGAAUCAUCCAAAGUCAUUCAUGUUCGUAAUGUUGGACACGAGAUUUCUGAAAAUGAUUUGCUUCAGCUUUUCCAACCGUUUGGUGUCAUAACAAAGCUCGUGAUGCUCAGGGCAAAGAAUCAGGCUCUUCUCCAGAUGCAAGAUGUUUCUUCAGCAAUCACUGCUCUUCAGUUCUUCACUACUGUCCAGCCAACCAUAAGAGGAAGGAAUGUGUAUAUCCAAUUCUCGUCUCACCAAGAAUUGACAACAGCCGAGCAGAAUAUUCAUGGACGUGAAGAUGAGCCGAAUCGUAUUCUCUUGGUGACAGUCCAUCACAUGCUGUAUCCAAUCACUGUUGACGUCCUGCAUCAAGUUUUUUCUCCCUAUGGAUUUGUUGAGAAGAUCGUCACUUUCCAGAAGUCUGCUGGUUUUCAAGCUCUUAUACAGUAUCAGGCACAACAGUGUGCUGCCUCUGCUAGAACUUCUCUACAGGGUCGUAACAUAUAUGACGGGUGUUGUCAGUUGGAUAUCCAGUUCUCCAACCUUGAGGAGCUGCAAGUAAAUUACAACAACGAUCGAUCUAGGGAUUAUACAAAUCCAAACCUGCCAUCAGAGCAAAAAGGCCGUUUACCUCACCCUGGCUAUGGUGAUGCAGGAGGUAUGUGUCUUAACAUGAUUGUAAUUUUAUGUCUAUACUGUUGUCUUUUGCUAAUUCAUAUUUUUAUUUUAUUUGCAGUGGCCUAUCCUCAGAUGGCAAACACAUCUGCGAUUGCAGCUGCCUUUGGCGGUGGCUUGCCUCCGGGUAUAACUGGCACAAAUGAUAGGUGUACGAUCCUUGUCUCCAAUCUUAAUACAGAUAGUGUUGAUGAGGAUAAGCUGUUCAAUCUCUUUUCUCUUUACGGGAACAUUGUGAGGAUAAAGCUUCUUCGAAACAAACCUGACCAUGCCCUUGUCCAAAUGGGAGAUGGUUUCCAAGCUGAACUUGCAGUUCAUUUCCUCAAGGGAGCGAUGCUGUUUGGUAAGCGGCUAGAGGUAAACUACUCGAAGCAUCCAAAUAUAACACCAGGCACAGACUCGCAUGAUUAUGUUAACUCGAACCUGAACCGGUUCAACCGCAAUGCUGCAAAGAACUACCGCUAUUGCUGCUCCCCUACCAAGAUGAUUCACUUGUCCACUCUUCCGCAAGACGUGACUGAGGAAGAAGUGGUGAACCACGUCCAAGAGCAUGGGGCCAUACUGAACACAAAAGUGUUUGAGAUGAACGGGAAAAAGCAAGCUCUGGUGCAGUUUGAGAACGAGGAGGAAGCUGCGGAAGCACUGGUUUGCAAGCAUGCGACCUCUCUAGGAGGUUCAAUUAUCAGAAUCUCCUUCUCUCAGCUGCAGACAAUUUAAAGUCGACAAAGGCCUCUCUCUCUCUUUUCUCUCUCUCUCUCACCUCUAAUGACAUUUGGGUAUGGUGAGGAUGAUGAAUGUGUGUUUGUUUAACUCAAAUAUCUCUGCUACUUGUUUGGACUUUUCUACACUCUUUUUUAAACUUGGUCCCUUGGUUUAAAUUUGUUUGUGCUGAUUUAAUGGUAAUAAACAUUUAAUGGUUA